AUAGCGGAACGUAUUUGGUAAGUCCUGUUCAAGGACUUUUAGCUUCAGUAUUUUGUGACAUGACUUCAAAGAAUGGUGUUGGUGUGACAGAGAUUGGACAUGACAGUGAAUCAGCAAAACGUGUAAAGGGAUGUCAACCGCCAGGUUGUUUCAAGACAAAGAUUCAAUAUGACAUUUCCAUGGAGCAGAUUGUUGCAAUUAUAAAGCAGUCCAAGAAUUGUGAGCAGUUUAUAAAAUAUGAAUGUUAUCAUAGUGUUUUAAGGUAUGGGUCCCCACGUGAAUAUUAUGGAUGGUGGGUAUCACGUCAAGGCUCAAAGAUGAAUUACUGGGGUGGAGCGGCAGUCAACAGUGGAAAAUGUGCCUGUGGAAUGACCAACAGCUGUGCAGGUGGAGGAAACUGUAAUUGUGACAAGAAUGACAAAACAUGGCGUGAAGACAGUGGAUACCUGACAGACAAGAACACACUGCCUGUUACUGAACUGAGAUUUGGAGAUAAUUACUCAAGUUACGAAAAAGGAUAUCAUACAUUAGGAAAGCUGCGUUGUUGGAAUUAA